AAAUAUAUAUAUGAUUAUAAUAUAUAGGCAAUUUUUUCUCCUACUUAACUCUCUCUCUCUAUUUGUAAGCGAAACAAUUCGAAAAUUAUCCUUUUAAUUAAUUUUUGUCUUUUCGAUAUAAGUACUAUUUAUUUUAUAUCAAAUCUUGCAAAAAAAGGAACUAGUAUAAACAUGGACGUAUUUCGUAUAUAAUUUUAUAUAUGUUAUAAGGAAAAUUUUUUAUCAGGUCAAUCACAGUAGUCUGAGAUGACUGUCAUUGCUACGGCGGUUAAGUACUUUCUUCGGAAUUGCGCUAAUUGCAUAUGUAGGAAAAAAAGUAUCGCGUUCGUACGAGGUAAUUUACCAUGCGAUGAGGUUUGCCAUAAGCGUUACAUAGUGGUCUAUUGCACUGUUUCCCCGGGGGAAAAAAAAACCGCUAGAUAAAUUGAAUUGACUUUAAUGGAGUCCCGAUUAACUUAACGAGCGACAGAAUAUCCAUUUUUAUUUUUAAGAUAAUACAUGUGUACACGAGGAUAAAUUAGGGAGAUUCGGCGGGCAUAAAUUUUGCUGUUUGGAAUUUUACGCAAAGCAAGCUCCGCCCUCUCCGACACUCGGGGAAUUAAAUUAGAUUAGAUUAAAUUAAUCGAGGCUCGGAUCAGAGUCGACCCUUAGUCUUAGCGUCGAAGUUUGAGAGACACGGUCGGCUUAGUCGGUUUCUAAUGUCCAGAGCGAGCCACGAUGCACGGACAUCCGUCGUCGCGGCUCGUGGUUCGCGGUGGUGCGAAACGACGCCACGACGCCAGUCCGCCAGUCGUCGGCGAGCUUUCGGCUAUGACGGUCACGUUACUCCCCCAGCAGUCGGCGGUAGUACGAACGGAAGACUUCACCCGGUCGGUGCGCCACUCGCCCCCCAAAUUUUAAAAGCCCGCACACGCUCCAACGGCCGUGCUCGCAACGGUACGUAGAUGCGUUUCUGUCUAUUUUUUUUUCUACUCGGUCGCGCGGACAAAUUGUGCCAUAUCGAUCGUCCCGCGGACGUAUAUACGUCUGCCGAGUUGUACGUACGUCAUAGUACGUACGUGACAGUUCUCAGUGCGUGCUCCGAAAUAGACGGGUUCAACUAGUAAAGUAUGCGAGAGCAGGAGUCAUCGUGAACGACGACAGAUUUAAUCUGCGGUUGGCGAGAACGAGAGGAUUAAAAGAAAGUGCAGUGAACGGAUAACGUGCAUGCGAUCGAAUGAUACUUCAGACACUGUGACGUUGUUUCUUCAUCAUUUGUGCGUACGCAAGCGAAGAGCUUGCGUUUCGAAUCGCCGUUUUAUCUUUGCCUCACCACCAUGACCACCCCAACGCACUGUUCGCCGUCACGGUCAUCUCUGAGCUGCUGCCAGUUCGAUCGUAGCAGUCAGGACGAUAUGCAAAACUCGGAUAUCAUAGGCAACAACAAUUAUUUCCUACAACGGGAGAAGUACUCCUUCCCGAAGAGGCCUGAGCUCGACCUGUCGUUUCGCGACAUUCGUUAUCGCGUCAAAGAAUGGAGCAUACGCAAUUUCACAAUUAGCGAGAAGGAAAUUCUGCACGGGAUUAGCGGCGAAUUUAGGUCCGGCGAAUUAGUGGCUAUAAUGGGACCAUCCGGAGCCGGGAAAUCGACAUUGCUGAACGCUCUUGCUGGUUUCACGGUAUCGGGUGUGAGCGGAGAAAUUCUGGUCAACGGUAAGGUCCGAGUACCACAGAGUGAACGUUGGAAAAGGACGUCGUGUUACAUACAGCAGGACUCUAUCCUCAGAACAUACAUCACCGUGGGAGAAGCCAUGACUUUAGCCGCCCAUUUGAAGCUCGGUUGCACAAUCAGUUCCGCUUAUAAACACGCUCAGGUUUUGGAGCUGUUGGAGAUGCUAGGGCUGAGCCAUUGCUAUGACACGUUAUGCGGAAAAUUAUCGGGAGGGCAGAAAAAGAGGCUCGAUAUCGCCUUGGAACUCCUAACUAAUCCUUCAGUAUUAUUCCUGGAUGAACCAACGACUGGUCUGGAUUCCUCCUCGUGCAGCCAAUGCGUCGCUCUUAUGAAACGAUUGGCGGCAUUAGAAAGGCGUACGGUAAUCUGUACGAUUCAUCAGCCGAGUGCCUUGCUCCUGGAGAUGUUUGAUUCCUUAUACGUGGUGGCUGGUGGUCACUGCAUAUACAGAGGCCCAGUUAGCUCGUUGCUGCCGCAUCUGGAUUCCGUCGGCGCCCACUGUCCGCCGUAUCACAACCCAGCGGAUUUCGUUCUUGAGGUGGCGAUCGGCGAAUAUGGGAUUUCGCUUGAUAAGCUAGUGGCAGCGGCAGAAACGAUACCAUGCAGUCAAAAGACAAUCGCUCUUACGACGGAGCUGCCUGAAGAAACAGACAGAGUCAAGGAACCGCCACCGCCAGCCAGUUUUCUGACGCAAUGCUAUCUUUUAUACAAAAGGCAACUGCUAAGUAUGAAAAGAGAUUACUCUUUACUACUGGCGCGACUACUUUGCCACUUCUUAAUUGGCGUGCUCUUCGGAUACCUGUAUAUGGGAAGUGGCUAUCGAGCUAAUGUCUUAGCAAAUUAUGUUUACUUGUACGGAUCAAUGUUGCUUCUCGUCUACACCGGAAAAAUGGCUGUUACACUUGCUUUUCCAUUGGAGAUGCGAAUUCUCAUGAGGGAGCAUUUCAAUCGCUGGUACCAACUGGCGCCGUAUUAUAUCAGCAUAUUACUGGUCGAGAUACCCUUCCAAGCGGCAUGUGCGACAUCGUAUCUGGUGGUGAGCUACUGGUUAACCGGACAGCCCGUAGAAACAAAUCGUAUAAUAUUCUUCAUGGUAGUCAGUAUAGCUGCCAGUUUAACGGCGCAAGCGUGGGGUUUCUUCAUCGGCGUUACUACGCCGAUUAAGAUCGCAGUCUUCCUUGGACCGAUAAUCGCGGUUCUGUUCUCUAUCUUCGGCUUUUGUAUACGUUACUUGGAUACGCCGCGUGUUUUCCGUUGGAUGUUUCAUAUAUCGUACUUCCGUGCGGGUUUCCACAGCCUGGUAUAUGCCAUAUAUGGAUACGACAGGAUGGACUUGAAGUGUGAGGAACUUUAUUGUCACUUCAAGAAACCCAGCAAAUUCCUUUCAGAGAUGGAUGUCACCGAAGUAAACGUUGUUAAUAAUCUGAUACUCAUCCUUGGUAUUGGAGUGCUGAUGCAUCUUUUAACAGCCAGUGCGCUUUGGUGCAAGCUUAACAGAAGAUGAGAAUAUACUGAUUCUGUCAAAUACAGUAUUUGUGAUAGUGCACACGAUCCCUUUGAGGAAUGACAUAGAAAUUCUGGUAUCUUCCCAUGAAAAUGAGCGAAAGAGAUUCUAUGGGAGAGAUUUUGUUGGAAACUCUAAAAGGUCACCAAGGAUUAACGAAGAAUUUUUCUUUAGCCCUUAGUUUCACUGGAUAUGAAAUGUUCCGCGACAUUUCGGAUAAUAUUAUUUACCGAUUCGAAGAUCGAAGAUUAGAUAUCAUUGAAUUUUUUAAAGUCACCACUUUAUUUAACGAAAUUUAAAACUAGUCGGAACUGUUUUGUAUUAAUUGUGACAAGACGUUAUGAUCGCCAGAAAUUUUAUUCGCGAAAAGCGAUGACAUUCGAAGAUUAAAAUGACAACAAUUUAAAACUAAAUAUCAGGGUUGUGUCGUACAUUUGAAGAUUACGUACACAUGAACUAUUUAUGCAUUAUAUAUAUAUUAUGUUUACAUAAAUCAUGUAAACAAUACAAGCAGUGUAAAUUAUUAUAAAUUGGAUAAUGCAAUAAAAGAAAAAAGUAAUUAAGUUAUAAAAU